UCUUGAGUCCGGCCGCCAUUGCCGAGGCCGUGUGGCCGGGCAGGCGUUUCCUGUGGGCGUUUCCUCCUCUUCACUCUAGGACACCUUGCCGGAGGGUGAGGAGCUGGCGGACGCCUCGCAGGGCGGAAGCCUUUAAAGUGCAGCCAUUUGCAUUGACAGAAGAUGGAAGUGUUUCAGGAACUGCACAAACCGUCGGUAAGCCUGGAGUGUGACCACUGUGGCUUCAGAGGCACUGAUUAUGAGACCGUGCAGAUCCACAUGGGCUCCAUUCAUCCUGAGUUCUGUGAUGAGAUGGAUGCUGGAGGACUGGGCAAGAUGAUAUUUUAUCAGAAGAGUGCGAGGCUCUUCCACUGCUACAAGUGCUUUUUUACUAGCAAGAUGUACUCCAAUGUGUACUAUCACAUCACAGCCAAACAUGCAGCCUCAGAGAAGUGGAGUGACAAGACAAAGGACCAGUUGAGCAAAGAGACCGAGUCUGUGAAAAGCCCUGCCCUUCCUGAACAUCAGAGCACAGCCCUUGACUCAGCAGAAGUGAGGCCCACUCCGACCCUCCCCAUAGAAACACAGAAAAUUGGUCCGAGUUUGUCUCCAGAAUCACAGAAAUCUGGUCCUCCUGCUCUGGAGCCUCAGGACUCUGGCCUUGUUGUUUCUCCUGAGCUACAGGCCCCUUGCCUUCCUGCUGAGGCCUCAAAAACUGCUCCUGCUUCUUCCCCUGAAUGUCUAGACCCAGCCAGCGUGGUUUCUGAGGUACAGAAACCUGCCCCUGCUUCCCCUGGGUCUGUCAAGUCUGCUCUUGUUAGCUCCAAACCCCAGAAGCACUCUCCCUUUGCAGACACAGGGGCUCCCCCUUCCGCCUUGUCUCCAGAGUCACCAGUUCUGGCCACAUCCCCUGAGCCUUGGGGGCCAUCCCUAACUGCAUCUCCAGAGUCUCGGAAGCCAACACAGACUGCCUCCCCUGAGCCAAGGAAGCCAUCCCCAUCAGAGUCUCCUGAACUUUGGAAGCCAUUCCCUGCCCUCACUUCAGAGCCACGGAGACCAACCCCAGCAGUAUCACCAGGUUCCUGGAAGCCAGGGCCGCCUGGUUCUCCUCGGCCUUGGAAAUCCAGUCCUUCAGCAACAUCAGGACCUUGGAAAUCAUCUAAACCUGCUCCAUCUAUGUCGCCUGGACCUUGGAAGCCAAUACCGUCUGUAUCGCCUGGGCCUUGGAAGCCAGCUCCUUCUGUGUCCACUGCAUCUUGGAAGUCUUCAGUCUCAUCUGGUUCCUGGAAAACGCCCCCCACAUCUCCAGAGUCAUGGAAGUCUGGUCCCCCUGAGCUCCGGAAGACAGCUCUAGCUUUGUCACCUGAACACUGGAAGGCUGUGCCCCCGGUGUCUCCUGAGCUACGCAGACCAGGCCCACCACUCUCCCCUGAGAUCCGAAGUCCAGCAGGAUCUCCGGAGCUCAGGAAGCCUUCAGGGUCACCAGACCUUUGGAAGCUUUCUCCUGACCAGCGGAAAAGUUCUCCUGCUUCACUUGAUUUCUCCGAGUCCCAGAAAAGUUCUCGCGUUUCCCCUGACCUCUGGAAGUCCUCCUUCAUUACAGAGUCUCAGAAGCCUAGCGUCUUCCCCGAGACACGGAAACAUGCUUCUCCAGGCUCAUCGGAGCCCCCAAAGGUGGCCUCAGACAUAUGGAAGCCUGUCCUCUCUAUUGAUGCUGAGCCUAGGAAGUCCACACUGUUUCCCGAGCCCACCAAAACAGUCCUUCCUGCUUCUCCUGAGCCACGGAAACGUGCACUUUUCCCGGAGUCCCGGAAGCAUGUACUUUUCCCUGAGCUUCCCAAAUCUGCUGUGUUCUCCGAUGCUCAGAAGGCCCCUGAGCUUAGUGAUGAGCUACAGCUGGAAGCUGUAGAUGAUGCAAAAUGUGAUAGUCUGGUCCAGGAAGGGUUUCUGGCUGCGCCCAAGAAACUGUUAGAGGAUGCUUUACUUCCUGCUUCCAAGAAGCUCAAGAAAGACAGCCAAGAGAACUCGGAUGCUGAGCUCAGUAGCAGUGAGUACAUCCGAACAGAUUUAGACAACAUAGACAUCAAGGGCCAGGAGUCAAGCAGUGACCAAGAACAGGUGGAUGUAGAAUCUAUUGAUUUUGGCAAAGAGAACAAAAUGGAGAUGAGUAGUCCAGAGCAGUCCAAAAAUGUGCUUCAGUUCACUGAAGAGAAGGAGGCAUUCAUUUCUGAGGAGGAGAUCGCAAAGUACAUGAAGCGUGGAAAAGGGAAGUAUUACUGCAAAAUCUGUUGCUGUCGUGCCAUGAAGAAGGGUGCUGUUUUGCACCACUUAGUUAAUAAGCACAAUGUCCAUAGCCCAUACAAGUGCACAAUUUGUGGGAAAGCAUUUCUUUUGGAGUCGCUCCUUAAAAAUCAUGUAGCAGCCCAUGGGCAAAGUUUACUUAAGUGUCCACGCUGUAAUUUUGAAUCAAAUUUCCCAAGAGGCUUUAAGAAACAUUUAACUCACUGUCAAAGCCGGCACAAUGAAGAGGUAAACAAGAAGCUGAUGGAAGCUCUUGAGUCGCCGUUGGAAGAGCCACAGAUGUGAUCCAGACAAUACUUGCUCUGCAGUGUUUGCCAAACUUGUACUUGAUGAGUAGCCUGUGGACUGUGUGUG